AUGUAUUCUUCUGUGGCGCUGCAGCAGAUUCGCCGCUCUGCUCUGCAGGACGAUCUGACGCUGGCGUGCUGUCCCAAAGAUUUCCUACUCACUAAUUUCACGGUGGAUGUCAAGCACGACGAGGAUGUGCGGGCGCUGUCAGAAGGAGAGAAGCUGUGGGCUGUCCUUUCUCAUGAGACCGACCACGUUGUGCCAACCAAGGAGCGCGUCAGCUUUCAGCCCCACCCCAAUACGCUCACAAUGGCGGGAGAGCUGGAGUACUGGGCUGCUCAGGGACGCUCUCCCCUACCAUACGCACUGUCAGAGCUGAUAGACAAUGCUCUGCGGGCCACGCGGAACAACACAACUUCCAGGAAGAUCAUGAUCACGCUGGCUACCUCGGGAGGCUCCACGCCCUCUGCUGGGCUCAUCUCAGUCUGGGACAACGGGUGUGGGAUGAGCAAGCGGGAGCUGAAUGAAUGGGCUGUGAUGAAUCUGAGCAUGGAGGACAGGGGCGAGCAGCCUCAGGAGCCUGAUGUGGGGCACGGCCCCACCCAGCGCAAUGGCCCAGAGCGCUUCCUUUCUGGCAACCUGUCCUAUUUCGGGGUGGGCAGCAAGAAUGCAGCCUUCUUCAUGGGCGGCUGCACCAAGGUGGUGACGAAGAGCGCGCAAAGCAGCUUCGUGCACGAGCUGAGCCUCGCCGCUCGAGAGCUGGAGGAGCGAUACAAAAAUCAACAGGAUGUAUACGCUGAGGACUUGGUGCACCGGAGCCCUGGCGACGCAUCCACGCUGACAGCCAUCGAGACGGCCUUCCAGCCGCUGGCGCAGUCCUGGGUCGCUGCAGAGGCGGAGGCCGGGGGCGCCGGCAGCUUCACCCGGGUCAUGGUCGGCCAAGUGAAGCAGAACAUCCUGGGCCAGAUUGCUGAUGAGGCGGGCAUGCAGCAGCUGUGCCGCGACCUGAGCCACCUGUACCACUACUAUUUGCAUGGGCCCCAGGGCUGCCGCGGCGGCGGCCGCGCGGCCGGCAGCCCCGGCCGAGACGGGCCCCUGCCGGAGAUCACCAUCCAGUGCAUCUCCGGCAGCCGCACCGUCUGGAGCGUCAACCUGGCCAAUAUCACCGACGACAUGGAGAGCCAGUACCUGCAGGCGCAGCAGGCGGAGCUGCAGUUCUCACUGAUGGUGCCGGGCAAGGGGAUUGUCGCGGGGGCGCUGUAUUACUUCCCCUUCCAGGACGAGCGCGAGACCCUGCCGGCCGAGGGCGCUGUUGCCUCGCAGCCGGAGCCCAUCACCACCUACAACAUGACCCAGCAGCCGAUGGCCUCCCAGCUCCCUACCCAGGCCCCUCCACAAAACGAUGGCAUGGAUGCUGCCGGGGAGGAUGCGUCUUUCCUGUGGCAGAGGUCUCGCGCGCCGCUCUUCAAAACAUACCUGUGCGUGCAGGGCCGACUGAUUCCGGGAGCACGGAUUGAGAGCCUGCCUUUUAUAGAGGCGAUUCGGAUCAAGCGCAGCUCGGCGACGCGUGAUGCACUGCCCGACGAAGCGUUCAUGCGGCUGCGAGGCUCGCUGUUCUUCGGGCCGGCUUUCCUGGUGACGCGCAACAAGCUCACCUUCCGCGACAACCUCCAGGAGCUGCUUGCCUCCUCCAGCCCAGGCGCGCCCCAGACAAACCUGGAGCGCAAAUUCCGGGAGUGGCUGACCAAGUGCCAUACGACGCUGGACAAGCGCAUCCGCUUUGCGGCAGUGAGGUCCAGCAAGGGCGAGGAUGCGACGGCCUUUGCGCGGAUCGAGGACGGUUCGCGCACGGUGAGCCAGGGGGACGUCGUGCGCCUGAAUGUCAAGCCCGCGAUCAUGGGCAUGGUCCUCUACUUCUCCGUGAAGGAGGCUGUGAGGGCGGAGGGGGUGUAUGCGAAUGGCAGUGUGACGGUGCGGCCGCUGCCAGAGGAAGUGCAUGGGACUGCGGCCGAGCGCACGCUGCCGCUGCGGCGCCUGGACGGCGGCCCCGUCGAGCAGAGAGAGGUCGAUGAAUACCUCGGCAAGGAGCUUCUCAAGGUGCCGAGCAGCCUUCGCCUGGAGCCGAUCAGGCUGGCCACAGGGAACGCUGUGGAGCUGACAGCGGGCGCAUCAAUCCCUGCAACAGGCGUCACUGUGCUCAACGGCUCUGGGCAGCAUGUGAUCAGGGGCUUCCUGGCCGGUGACAAGCUCAGCUUCUCCAUUGUGCAGCGGCUCUGGCGCCUCACCCCGGCAUCAGGUGAAGGAGAACCACUUGCGGCGUCGCCAGAAGAGGAGCCAGGCCUGCCUCCAAAGAAGCGGAAGAAAGGAAGCAAGGGGAAGAAGGCAGCGGAGAGGACGCCUGAGCCGGCGGCUGACAAGGCGCCAGGGACGCUCAUCAUUGAGAUUCCCAACCACACCCCCAACAAGGACAGCUUCCGCUUCGAGCGCAUUGAGAAUGGGCUGAAGCAGGCCGGCACCUACCGCCUGGAGUAUGAGAUGCAGCCCCAGCUGCCCGGCAAGGGGCUGCUCACCAUUUCGACCGAGCUGAUCGUCUUUCCUGGGCCGCUCGCUUGCUUUCACGUGCAGGGAGAAGGGCGCACACUGCUGGCUUCCAGGGAGUUCAUGCUGGGGGAGCAUCUGCCCAGCCUCCAGCUGGUCCCAAGGGAUGCAUGCGGCAACAAGCUGGACUCCCAUCUGGAACUGCUGAAAGACAUUAGUAUUGAGGUUGUCACGGGCCCCGCUGAUGAUGACAGCGCAGUUGAAGCGAUUCAGGACUUGCAGGCAUCCUUUCAGAGGGCUCAUGAUGCAGGGACGACCUCCAUCUCUAGCAUACAGGUCCUUGGGUCCACCACGCGCACGGCAACCUCUGUCUUCUGUGGGAGCUCCACCCCAGCUCCAGGCAGCAUCCUGCAGGCCCAGCAGCAGGCGGCGUCACAGCAGGCCAUAGCGGCCGAGACGGUGCAGCUGCGGUUCUGCGUUGCUGGGCUGCAGCCGCAGCUGCUGCCGGUGCGGCUGCGCCCGGGUGCCCCCACAGGCCUGCGCCUGCUGCCUGGCCACCCCUUCUCCGACCACUCCGACCAGGCUGACGAGGCGGCCGCGGUGAUGACUCAGCUACCGCCGGAGCGCGCGGCCGCGCUGAUGCUAUCGCUGGCGAGCGGGGACGCGCUGCCGGGAUUCCAUGCGCAGGCGGUAGACGCUUGGGGCAACGCCACGGGCCCCGCCGAUGCGCUGCUCUGUGAGGUCACCGUGGAAUGCGAGGCCCUGUCCCCCGCGCAGUCAUCCUUCCAAAUCCCAGCCUCUGGCAGGGCUUUCGUCGAAGGACUGGUGGCGGCCAGUGAGGGGUCAGCGCUGGGUCGGCAGGUGCCGCUGGCGCUGAGCGUGGCCUGCCGGCCGUCCGGCGCUGGCGCGGAGGCGGCGGUGGCCGCUGCCGGGCCGGCGCAGCCGCUCGUGUGCGCGCUGGAAGUGGAGCCCAGCACCGCGCCCGCCGCCAUCGUGCUGCUGCAUGACGGCCGACCGCUGCCGCAGCGAGAGCUGGAGGGUGAGGAUGGGGAGACAGAGACGGUGUUUGUGGUGGAGGACAUCCCGGCUGGCGCUGAGCUGGCGGGGCUGGCGAUCCAGUGCCUGGACGCGGCCGGGCGGCCGGUGCCGGAGGGGACGGCCGGCAAGGUGCGCGCGACGUGGAUCCAGGGCACCAAGAAGCUCAAGUACGGGCCCGACGGCACAUUCGGCCUCCUCAACAUCCGGGUGAAGGAGGACGUGACCGAGGUAGAAACGUACGAGGUCAAAUUCAAGUCGGCAGGACCUGCGCCGGUCGUGCUGGAAGCCAUCCUGCUGGUGCUCAAGGUGCCUGCAGCUGCGCACGUGUGGCAGCUGCGGCUGGACGAGGCGGCCAGCACGCAGGCGCGCACGCAGGACGCCGACGUGGAUGUCUGCAGCGGCUGCCCCUUCCGACUCGAGGUGGAGGCGCUCGACCGCUUCGGCAACCGCUGCCCUGGCGGCAAGGCCGGCGCGCUGCCGCCGCCGGUGCUGGCGGCCGACUCCGAGCGCAAGCUGGAAUAUGACGCUGACGCCUGGCAGCGCUCCUGGAGCGCCCAGGGGAGCGGGGAGGUGCUGUCAGUGGACGUAUUGCUGCGUGGGCGGCCGGGGCUGGUGCGCAUGCAUGUGUGCGACGCGGCCGGCACGGGCGGCGGCUCAGCGCUGACGCCUGAUACACUCGAGCUGAAGCUGGCCGCGGGGCCCAUGGCUGGGCUGGCCUUCGAGGGGCCACCAUCGCUGGCCUGCGGCAUGCGCGCUGUGCUGCCGUCACUGCGAGUGAGCCUGGUGCCGAGCGCGCUGGGUGGGGACGGCAGCGGCGUGGCGGCCACCGUCACCGUGCCCGGCGGCAACAAGGUCAAGAUGAAGGACGGGGAAGCCCUGUUCAAGAACGUGCGCAUCGAGGCGGAUGCCCCCGGAGCCUACACCCUCCAUGUCAAGUCCGCCUCCAGGAAGGUGGCAGGGGAUGCGUCGCUUGAGCUGCAGCUGUCUGCGACGAACGCUGUGAAGUCUGUGGCCCUCAGGGAAGACAGCCUGCCAGGCGAUGGGUGCCGCGCCGGCAGCAGCAUCACACUCUCCGCCGAGGUCACUACGGAGGAUGGAGCCGCACUGGAUGCAGCAGCUGCGGCAGAGGGCCUUGCUCUCCGACUUGCACCGCCCGGCAGCGGCCGCGCCGAUGAGAUUAUCCUCUCCCCAUGUGAAGACGAGGGAGCUGGCGAGUCGAACAUGUUCUCAUUUGCAACUGACCCACUCUUGAUGGCGGGGGACUGGACGGUAGUGGUGGAGUACGCAGAGCAGCGGCCGGAGCUGUCCAGGGCGCUCACAAAAAGAGAGGCUGUGAUGGCGGGACCUGCAGUGGCGCUGGCAUUGGACGACGGCGCAGCAGCGGAGCGGCUGGCCGCCACCAACGGCGCAGACGUGCGCGAGCGGCUCCUGCUGCCCGCCGCGGCACUGCAGCUGCGAGAUGAGCAAGGAAAUGCCGCCCCGGCCGCUGGCCGCCGCGUCCGCCUCAGCCUGCACUGGCCGCAGGACCGCGAAGGCGGGGACGGCAGCGAGCUGCCCAAGCUGGAGGUGGAGGCAGCGUCGCGGAGGACGGACGAGCGCGGCCGCGCCUACUUUGGCGACGUCAGCAUCGGCGAGGGCUCCGGCCGCGUCGCGCCCGACGAGAACACCGGCGCCAACCGACAGGGUGGCGCCAUGGAGCUGCUCCUUGUGGCGGAGGUGGCCGGCCUCGGAGACGCCGACGCAAAGCAGUGGGUGCGAGCGUGGACGUGCCCGGUGCUCUUCUCGGACAAUGCGGCCGGCUUUGCGGCGGCAAAGGAGCUCACAGAGAGGCAUGCGGCGUUGUCGGCGCAGCGGGAUAUGCUGCAGGAACGCCUAAGCACGACAGGCCGAGCCGCCCAGGCAGCCGCAAAGGAGCUGAAGGCCAGGACGAAAGCAGUGUCAGACUGCAGGCGCCCUCUGGGCAGGAACGCGCCGGAGACUGCCGAAGCUGCAGAGGCCGCCGUGUCGCGCCUGCAGAAUGGCGCGCAGGAAGCUGAACAGCCUCAGGUGGAGGCGCGGUUUGGGGAGCCGGGGGGCCGCUUAACAGAGGCGCUGCGGCGGUGCCUGGCGCUGGAGGACUCCGAGGUGGUGGGCUGUGUGGCGCAGCUGGCAACCGUGCAGGAUGCUGCGCUGGCACGGCUGCUGUCGGCCUCGUACAGGACCAUCAUGCAGCUGCUCGUCGUCAAAACGCAGGCCGCUCAGAAGCGCGUCACGCAACACCUGGCCAAGCACAAGUGCGACGUGCCAGACAUGCUGAGCAUGAACAUGUGCGCGCCCUUCACGGGCAAGGACGGCGACUCGCCCGGUUUUGAGGCCGCCAGCGACCGAGCCCGGGCCCUCACGGCCGCCGCCUGCCACGGCUCCGACCCUCCCCUGGCCGACAUGGAGCUGGGGCCGACAGACUGGCCCCAGGGCUGCCUAGGCUAUGUCUUCAAUCUGAUACGGCCCACGCAGCAGGGGCACCGGCGGCAGCUCAUGCACUCAGCCUUCAACCAAGUGCUGGUCUUUGAGACGCUGGAGGAGGCCUCAAAAUACAGGGAGUUCAUGACACAGGUUCUGCACUCAAGCAUGCCGCAGGUGGUCACAAUCCAGGACAUGCGCUGCAUAACAGCCAUCGGCGUUAUCAAGGGCUCGUCCUGGCGGGUACCCACGUUGGAGGAGAAUCACUUCCGCUUUGGCACUGCGCCACAGCCUGGCGCGGCCGGCGGCAGCGGCCGGGGCGAGGAUGCCGCGGAGGAGGAAGCUGCGCUGGAGCUGCUGCUGGAAGCCCUGCGCGUGCGGGACGAGGCGACCGAGCGGCAGCAGGCCGUCAGGGCGGAGGCGGAGGAUACAGAGGCGCAGUGUCGCGGCGAGCUGGAGGAAUUGCAGGCGCAGAUCCAUGAGCUGGAUGCCCAGCUCUGCAGCCAACACCCUCCACCAGGCGGGAACCGGAGAAAAGCCAAGAAGCGGCCGAGUGUGGGUGGAGCAGGCGAGGCUUUCAAGGGCCUGAAGAGCAUCAUUGUGAGCACCAUCUUCAAUGCUGCGGACGAGAAGGGCCGCAACCCUCUGUGGCCUGGCAUCCUCUAUGAAGGUGGUGAUCCGGACCGGCCUCUGGCGCCGCUGCCGGAGAGGCUGAGCGCGGAGGCGGCUCUGGCGGAGGCCAUCCUGGACCUGGCUGACGUGGCGUGCAAGAGCGCUGACGAGCUGCGCCAGCUCAUCGCUGCCCACGGCUGCCAGGCACGAGCCCUUGGGCCCAACUGGAGCAGGAUCCUGCCUCAUGACUGA